AUGAAGCUGAACAUCUCUUUCCCGGUCACUGGCUGCCAGAAACUCAUGGAAGUGGACGAUGAAUGCCAACUUUGUACAUUUUGUGAGAAGCGUAUGGCCACAGAAGUUGCUGCUGACGCUCUGGGUGAAGAGUGGAAGGGUUAUGUGGUCCGAAUCAGUGGUGGGAAUGACAAGCAGGGUUUCCCCAUCAAGCAGGGUGUCUUGACCCAUGGCCGUGUCUGCCUGCUAUUGAGUGAGGGGCAUUCCUGUUACAGACGGAGGAGGACUGGAGAAAGAAAGCACAAAUCUGUUGGGGGUUGCAUUGUGGUUGCCAAUCUGAGUGUUCUCAACUUGUUCAUUGUGAAAAAAGGGGAGAAGGAUAUUUCUGGACUCGCUGAUACUACUGUGACUCGUCGUGUGGGGCUCAAAAGAGCUAGCAGAAUCUGCAAACUUUUCAAUCUCUCUAAAGAGGAUGAUGUCCGCUAGAAUG